AUGUCCCUGCAGGAGGUCGGGCCCACCAUGGUGGGAGACGAGCAUUCGGAUCCCAGCCUGAUGAGCUUCCUGGGGGCCACGAAGAGGAACAUGCUGGGGAACCACUUCUGGGAGUACUACGUGAACGACGCGCCGCGGAUAGUCUUGAACAAGCUGGAGAGCUGCGGCUACCGGGUGGUGAGCAUGACCGGCGUGGGCCAGACGCUGGUGUGGUGCCUCCACAAGGAAUAG